UAUCAUGUAGCUUCAGUGAUAUCUUGAUAAUGUGAUGUCUUAACUCAUUGACAGAGAGUCAAAUUAGGAAGGAAUUGUAGCAACUUUUUCACAAUGUCACCGUGAUAUAUGACGUCACAUAGUGUAAUUGACAAGACAUAACAAGCAGCAUAUGCUUGAGCUGGUUUGCCCAGGUUUGAUUAAAGUGAAAUAAAGAGGAGUUCCCUCGAACCUUCACGUGAUGUGGRACAUUUUGUGAGGUGGAGGUGCAGGUGCAGGUGGCCUACCUGUGGCAAGYAAAAACUUACAAAAUUCUAUAUGAUCCAUUAUGAAGAUACACCUGAUUCAAGAAAAAAAAGUAACGAGCUUUAGCUUGAAAGUCAUAUCUUGUGUUCUAAUGUUUCCUAUGUUCUUUUAAAAAUCACUAAAUCUCAGUCAGGACGUUUUUGUAGUUAGGCGUACACGUAGAUUGAAUAAACUCCUUCGUCCACAAUUUUAUGCAAUAAAGCAUGAAGGAAGUUUAAACCAAGCCUAAUAAAGCAGUUCCCCUURGCCGUUUUUGAAAUAGUUGUGAGGUUACGGCUUUAGGGAGAUCAUGUAUUUAAGGGUGUGGUGACUAAWGGUAUCUUUUAGCAACUCGAUAUUGUACAACAAAGCAUGAUGGGAGUUGCACAAACACAAAAACACAAAAAAGGUAUAAAAAUGGCAAGAAGCGUAGAUGUCGCCAAGCUUACGCUACUAUGGCUUGGCUUAUUUAUAAAAUACAACAAAGGUCAGGUCACCUUGGUCUUCCCGUGCCGUAUUUAUUAAAAUAUAACAAAGGUCAGGUCACAUCGGUCUUCCUGUGUUGUAUUUAUUAAAAUAUAAAAGGUCAGGUCACAUCGUUUUUCCUGUGUGGUAUCAAUCUUCGUUUUCUUGGCCAGCGCUGGCCAAGAGAACGAAGGUUCGGGGUACGAGAUUGGGCGUCRUAUUUAUUAAAAAGGCCAGGCCACAAAUUUUUCCCGCGUUUGGCUGCCUUCGACUCAUCUAGGUGAGAAAAAGUGAAACGUUUCAAUCUUCACAUAGAAUAUGGAAGAAACCAAUAACGCUAUUAUAGAUCAGAUUGACGCAAACUCUUUAGUACAUGUUCUGUCCUUUCUGAGUAUCAAAGACAAGCAGAACUCUGCCCAAGUUUGUAAAUACUGGAAGGACUUAGCCAGUCUCCCAUGUUUGUGGAAGAGCGUUACUGUUGUUGUACCUCACUCCCCCAGUUAUUGGUUCAUUGCCAGCAUGCGGAGGCGUAAAAUAACGCGUUUUGUAUGCCGUGGCUCCACGCUAGAUGAGUUGGAAUUAGUGAUCAACAACAUACCAGACAUCACAAGUCUCAAAAUUGAUCAAAGUCGCCACAUCAGCGAAGAAUUUCUGAGAAGAAACGUGAUCCAUCUAGACAAACUGGCACAUCUGAACAUUACUAACUGUAGUCAGGUUGACCUUCAGUCCCUUUACUAUGAGGAGUCUUUGGGAAAAGUGUUAGGUCGUUUGAAAAGUUUAACACUUCCCAAGAACAUCAACGCCGCAAGUUUUCAAGCCCUUAUAAAGAAAUGCCCAUGUCUAGAGGAGCUGGAAUUUGAUAAGGACUAUGGGUUCAGUGGUAAUGAUCAGUGCCAAAAAGUCUUAGUGCAGUCAUGCCCAAAUCUUCGUUUUUUAGAUUUAGGGUAUUCUAUGUGGUUUAGCGAAGAAAGCUGGAAGUUAACCUUAGAAGCACUCAAUCUCAAAGCUAUCAAGGUUAACAGCUGCAAUGAUAUUGAUACAGAUCACAUAAAGAUGAUUGCUGAUUUGUGCCCAAAUCUUGAAUCCUUGGAUAUGUCUUCCCAUUCCAUGUAUUCAAAUGAUAUUGUCAAUUAUGUUGCCAAAAAACUGAAACAUUUGAAGCAUUUUUCCUUUUCUACUGCAUGUUUGUUUGUUUCUGAGUUUGAAUCAGGUACUGGGGAGAGUAAAUACAAAGGAGAACAUGAUGUAUUGCAUGAGGUUUCUGAAAUGACAGAGCUUGAAUCCUUGAAUAUUCGUCUGAAUGCUGGGAUGGUUACUGGAGAAACCCUUUGUUCCCUUGUUGAGAAUAUGUCAAAGUUAAGGACACUUAACAUUCGUCGACUUGGAAAAGUAAGCGCCAUUCAUGCAAGACUUAUUGGCAAACAUUUACCAGAACUAAAUUCACUGAAAGUAGUCAUUAGCUGGGACUGUGGGCCAGGCUCAAGUGGUAUUGGACUUCUUUGUGCUAAACUACCUAAUCUAACUGACUUACAUAUCAUCAGUUCUAAACUAAGCAAUGAAGAUCUUAAUGAAAUGUCAUCAGGUGUGGUACCAAGCAAGCUAAAAUCUCUGAAGAUCGAUUGCAGCAGAUAUGUUACAGACCUUGGAAUCAGCUAUGUUUCUAAUGGGCUCACAUCCCUAACCAAUCUGGAYAUUUCAUCAUGUAAUAUUGGUGACCCUGGUAUAUCUUCAAUCUCUGAGCACCUGUUACAUCUUGAAGUGUUAAUUCUAAAUGAAAACAAGAGGGUUUCAAAUCAUGGUGCAUUGAUGAUUGGAAAACAUCUUAAGUGUCUAGAAGACUUGAGAAUCAAUGGUACAGGUAUUGGGGACCAAGGCUUUGCUUUCAUAUGUAACCACCUUCCUAGACUCCACACUCUUGAAGCACUCUGCCCACUUAUAACUGAUGUAGGGUAUUUAGAAGGUAUAGUUAGUCUAAGUUCUGUAAAGAUUUUACAAAUUGGGUCUCACGGCAUCAGUAAUAAUGCAGUUCAAGAAUCGUUGCCACAUUUGAGAAAUCUUACUCAAUUYACCAGCAGGAAAAUUCCUUUGACACAUAGUUGCAUUCAGAGUAUGAUUAGAGUGUGUCCUUGGCUAUCAAGCUUAUUUAUUAAUUACUGCUUUCACUCAAGCGAUGAUCAGUGGCAGGAGACAAUAGAUUUAUGCAAAGGGAURGGGCUAUACCUUGAGUUAGGUUUUAGUUCGUGCCUUGAAGUAGGCAAGUAGAAAUAUGUUUGAAACUCCAAUUCAAAUACCUCUAUGUUUUGAGUUACAUAUCCUGGCAUCUACCUUGUUAGCAGUGACUUUUAUGCAUGUAACUAGGUGAGUGGUAUAUGUCUAUAAACAGCAUUUUUUUAAAAAUACUUUUUUACUUCAUUAGUUCACACAGUUAUGUUCUCAGUUAUCAUGUAGUUACACUGAAUAUUUCACUACUACAUGUAUUUUUACUCAAUGGUCUCUUGUAUCAUCCUGUUUAUAUUAACAAUUGUUUAUCAGUCAAGUUAUCUUGACACUUGUUCGAGUUUGCUGUACAAAUGCAUAAUUUUAAUACCUAAGUUCCUGUGUGCAACUAUGCUUAAUCAUGAGACUGUAUUACUGAGACACAA